ACAUCAAGUCAGUUUUGUUCAAAUUUCAUUUGCUGCGAAAUAGGGACAAAAGCUAAAAGAAUGAAAAUAAAUUUUCCAGCUGUGAAUUAACAACAAUUUAAACAAUGAUGAAAAGAAAAAAUAGUACGGAUCUCUCGCGACCAUCUAAAAAAGUACAAAAAAUGGAUGAAAACAGGAAAAAGAGUGACAGAAGAUUAUGUUUAAAAAAUGUUCCCUUAGAUUUCACGAAGCAAGCUAUAAAAUAUCAUUUUUUUCAAAACUUCCCAGAUGUCAGCAUUUUUAUGCCAAAGAAUACGAUUAAAGGAAGAACAAAACUUGUUUUCGUUACUUUUACUGAUUAUCGUGAAACUAAAAUAGCAAAAGAACUGAUUAAUUUGAAAAAAUUUAAUCACAUCAAGGCUGAUUUUCCAUUAGGAUAUGAAGAGAGUAUUUCAAUCGACGUGCCACAAUUGAACUCGAUUCAAUCAUACGUAAAAUGUAAUUCCUUUGAUGAUAAAAUAUGUUCUUUUUGUGGAAGUAUUGCAUCUUUUGUUUGUGAAGUCUGUUACACUGAAAAAACUGCAACCUUCUAUUGUGAUGAAAGUCAUCAAACAAAAGACUGGCCAAACCAUAAAAUAAACUGCCGUCCUUUGCCUAAACUCAUACCGAUAUCAGAAGCUGUAGAAACAAUCAACAAUUUGAAAGAAGAAAAGGCUAAAGUAAAAUUUACGAUUCCUCAUGUCAAAUCUCCAAUUCUAGGAGAUCUAGUAGUGAUUACAAACGUAGUGAAUGGGCGAAUUAUAUAUAUAAGGCCAUUAAAAGAAAAUUUUGAAUCAUAUCUUUUCGAAAUAAAUUUUGCUGCUCAAAAGGCUUCUAAUCUUACUGAGAAACCAAAAUUGGAUGAUACUCAUUUUGCUCCUAAAGAUGGAAAAUAUCAUCGAGUAAAAGUCAUCGAUGAAUUGAAUGCUGAAAGUGAUGACGUUGUCUGUUUCUUCGUUGAUUAUGGAUAUACCCAAAAAAUCAACUGGCAAAGCAUGAAAAAAAUGCAAUAUACGAUUCGAGGAAAACCUUGUCAUGCUUUUAAAGUAAUUCUUGGAAAUAUAUUCAUCGAUUAUCUAGCACAAGAAAUUGUAACUUACCUUAAAAAUUUAUGUGAAGCACAAGAAGCGUUGGAAGUUAUAAAGAUUAUGAAUAAGUCGGUAGAUGCAAUGUCAGUUGCUUUGCAGCGAAAAUCGAAUGGCGAGAUUGUCAACGGUUGUAUUGAAGAAAUAGGAAAUCGUAAUUUUCAAAAUUCGGGCUGCAAUGAUGAAUCAAAAAUAAUUUUUAACCUUAGUUGUGUGCAAAAGCUUCCACUUGGAAAUAAAAUACAGCUUCGAGUGCUGGAUGCAAGCAACAUAAACCAAGGUUUCAUAGUAUGCAUGGCUGCAGAAAAGUUCAUGUCAUUCCUAGAUCUUCGCAAGGAGUUGGAACGCUUUUGUGCUACAAACUUGAGGAAAAACUACGUUAAGCCAUCAUUAGAAGAGCUGUGUAUGGUUGAAUAUCAGGAUCAGUGGGAACGAUGUGCUGUAUCAAAAAUUAUUGACGUCAACACGAUUGAAAUACUAUUAAUAGAUAAACACCUACAUUAUAAUCAAUUGACAAUGAUAAACAACAAGUCUUUUGAGAUUCAAAACCAGAUACGUCAAAAUGUAAUCCAAACUCAUGAAGAUUUAAGAAGUUUAAAACAAUGGGAACAAGAAAUGAAACAUAAAGAACAAGAGUUGAGAAAGCAACAGGAAACGAAAGAUUUCUCUAAUGAAGACCAUAAACCACCAAUUAGAAGCAUGAUCGAUGAUUUCCAAAAAUUUCAAGAAAGUGAGGAAUCUCUUCAGAAAAUAAAAGGAAUUAGCAUUAAAGAGGAUAACAAAGAGUUAGAAUUACAAAACGAAUUAGCUAUAAAACGUAAAGAUGCAAUCGAAUUGAAAGAUAAAGGAAAUAUGUUUGUCAAAAACAAGGAUUAUGAGUCUGCAAUAAAAAUGUACACAAAGGCAAUUGAUUUGUGUAGUGAUGACGCAGUAUUUUACUCAAAUCGCUCUCAAUGCUACCUCAGUCUCGAAAAGUACACGGAAUGUAUUGAUGAUGCUAAUAAAGCUAUUAAACUAGACCCAACAUCUUCCAAAUCCUUCUAUCGAAGAAUGGUUGCAUAUGAGAAGAAUGGUGAUGAUUACAAAGCCCUACAGAGCUGUCGUAAAUUACUUGAUUUAACACCGGAUGAUCAAACUUUUCAGAAUGCUUAUGAUCGAAUUCAUAAUCGCAUUAUGGAUGCUAAAAAAAAGAUGGAAACAGAAAAAAUUCGCUGGUCUAGACCAGGAUCAAAUACAAAGAUCAUUGACUUUGCCUCAAAGCCACCUCACUUGAGUUCCAAAAAGCCAAUGAAAAGAAUUCCUGUACGGAUAAGGAAAGCUGCUUCCCCGAUUCCAGAAGCGAUUAUUGACAAAAUUUUUGAUAAUAAUACCGGAGAAAGAAUUCCAGAACCUGAAACCGACUCAAAGCUUUUCAAACCAAAUUUCCUCAUCUCACCAUCGCCUACAAAAGCAACCUCAAAUAUUUCAGUCGAUAUUCCUGUUAUAGACGACAAAAAUAAAUUAAAUGAAACUAAUGAAAUAAUUAAAACUGAAAUUAAGAAAAGUCCAACACUGGAAGAAUUGGAAGCAAGCGAAACUCGUGUCAUUAAUGUACCAACCACUGGAUCAAGAUUUUUCGCAGCUUGGAAAGAAUUGAAUGACACCCAACGCUUCUUGUACUUAAAAAAUAUUGUCGAUGUUAAUGCUCAAGUAGGCAGAAUAAUUGGAGCUCAAUUAAACAGCGAAAUUCUUUCUGAGAUUAUUGAAAUUGUUUACAAAUUCUUUUUGCUUUACAACGUUCCUUAUCUUCAUUUGUUGAAAGAUCUUGGAAAUAAUUCCGAAGUUGCAAUGCUGGCAAUGUUCUUGCAAGAUGACGAAAAGAAAAAACUUCACGAGUUACUGAUGAGAGCUUCACAAGGCGACAACGCUGAAAACAACAUGAUUCAGGAAAUCAUAAAAUCUUUCCAAAUUUAAAUCUCAAUAUCAAUUUAUAAGUUAACGAAAUGUAGAGUCAGGCCAAGAAUAAAAUAAAAUGAAAAGUCAAUCGGUAAUAGUUCAUUCAAUUUUCCUCUUUUAUUUCAAAAUUAAUGCUCCCAAGAAAUAUUUUCUUUUUAUUUUCUUCUCAACUUUCUUAUGAACUAUAAAGAUAUAAACUACUAAGAAAUAUUACAUAAAAAAUGAAUGCAUUGGUCAUGUAUCCAUGAAUUGAAAAGAAGAUAAAUCUAUGAAUAAAACAUUUUUGUUCUUCUUUCAUGUGAAAAUUUAAAAUAUUUUUUUCAAAGAAGACGAGCUAAGAUGUGACAGCUUAUUGUUGUUAGUUCUAUGCAAAAUAAUUCUCUUGAAUAUGUCAAGAAAUAUUUCGCAUAUCUAUGGUUUUAUUUGCAACUUCUGAACAAAA